AUGAACGUCAAGAGAUAUGUGUUGGACACUCCGGCGAGGGCGGAGAAAGGUCGAGGGUUGAAAGUUGUCGCGAAGAGAUACACAGUUGGGGCGUCGUCCAGGAAUUCUCAAGGCCUGACGUUGGUGUUCGCACAUUGCAUAGGAUCUCACAAAGAGCAGUGGGAGCCCGUCAUCGAGCGGUUAUUCAGCCUCCAGCGGAUGAAGGACAGAACACGCCAGAUCCGCGAGGCUUGGUCUUUUGAUUGGCAAAACCACGGAGACUCGGCGGUGCUGAACCAUGAACUGCUAAAGGAUCGCCCAGAGGGUGUUUCCGUGUGUGAAUGGACCCCGGUGAUAACAGACUUUGUGAGGUCGCCACGGAUGAAGGGGCAUCACAUCGUACCUAUAGGCCAUUCAGCGGGGACCGCAGCCAUAAUGCUCACAACGAAAGAGAUUCCUCCCUACAAACUCGCCUACGCCGCCAUGAUCCUCAUCGAGCCAACGAUGAUUACCCGCGAGCUCUUCAACGCGCACCUGGAAGACCGCAUGGCGUCGAUGGACUUUGCCGUCGCCGCCACCUCUGCCCGGCGGAACAUCUGGAAGUCACGCGAGGCGGCGUUUGAGUACUUCAGGAAGCGGUUUCCGUGGGGGAUGUGGGAUGAGCGAGUGGUGAGGGUUCUGGUAGAACACGGCCUCGAAUCCCUCCCGAACGGCGAGGUCACGCUCAAAUGCGAUCGGAAACAGGAAGCUGUGUCAUACCCUGACACCGAGCCACACUUCGAGAGUGCGAUGCAACUCGGCCGGAUAUGCCACACCGUCCCCGUCCAUCUCAUCUGGGGAACAAGGAACGACCUUGUUCCCGAGUUUAUUCAGGACUCAUUAAGUGACGCGUCGGAGGGAAGGAUCGUGGCGUCGGUCACAAAGAUUAAGAAGGCGGGACACAUGGUCGUACAAGAACAGCCGGACGUUCUGGCCCAGACGAUUGCCGGGAUCCUGGACACGGUGAAAGUCGAAAGCGGGGUCGUAGAACGGUCGAAGCUUUGA